GAGUCUUCUUACAGCGACGGUCACGGACGUGUAAGCAGGCCUCAGUGUACCUAGGUAAAGUCUUUUCAAGUUGUGGGAUCGACCAUUAGCAGUGCAACAAAUCGGGUUAGCUGGCGACUGGGGUGUAGGAAAAAAGUUUUGUAGUGAGAUUCCGACCAGACACCUACAAUGGCGAGUUUAUGUGUUACCACAUCACUGCUGGUGUUGCUGCUGUACCCAAGUGUAAGCCAGGGACAAACCUUCAUCAAAACAACCAAAUCCAUCGACACAGAGACGGAGUUCAUUGGACAGGUUUCUGUUGCCAACUUUGACGGCCAAAAUUGUUCGGUAGCCAAGUUUUUAGGCAUCCCUUACGCCCAGCCCCCUGUUGGGGCUAAAAGGUUUGCCAAGCCCGAGCCUAUGGUCUUGCAGAACGAGACCUACAUGGCGACAUCGUAUAAAAAUAUUUGUUUCCAGAAAGCGGACCCAUCAGAUAGCUGUCAGAAAAACAUGGUCAUGAGUGAGGAUUGUCUUUUCCUGAAUAUUUUUCUCCCCGUCCCCACUCUUGAUGUAAGUGCGCAAGUUAAAGAUAACGGAAGUCUAACCUUGCCCGCCGGUACAGGGCGCUACGCUGUGUUCGUGUGGAUUCAUGGAGGCGGGUUUACAGCCGGAAGCGGAAAUUGUGUCGACCCUUCGCCCAUGGCAACACUCGGUGAGAUUAUUGUUGUCACUAUCAACUACCGGUUAGGAGCUUUAGGGUUCCUCACUACGGAAAACGGCGUUAUUCCUGGGAACCUCGGUCUCUGGGACCAACACGAGGCUAUCAAGUGGGUCAAUAAAAAUAUACAAGCGUUCGGUGGGGAUCCGAACAGGGUCACCAUAGGCGGGCAGUCUGCGGGGAGCUACAGCUCAAUAUUUCAAGAUCUGUACCCGGGUAAUGAUAACCUUUUCCAGAGGGUUAUUGCUCAAAGUGGCACCCCCGCGGCACCUAAAAGUGUCAGCACGGUUGGGUACUACACAGCGCUGAAAUUGGCUCAGGGGCUGAACUGUCAGAUAAUGGACGAGUACAGCAGCGAGGAGAUUCGAUCCUGUUUGUUGAACGCUAGCGCGCAGAUGAUCAGCGAAGCUGUGCCUGUCAGUGUUGUACCCAUGAGCCUGCCCAUACAACCAGCCCUAGACGGGGACAUGAUACCCGUGGAUCCGUACACCGUCAUGGCGCUGAACUCCACAUCCACGCCUAGCGGGUACGCAUCUUUCGGGAAAAGAGAUCUUCUAAUAGGAAGCAACGGCCAGGACGGUGAAGUCGUAUACAGGCUACGAGCGGGGCUUUUGUCAGCGCAGUUCAAAAACUUGACAAUCGCGUAUCUGGCGUUUAAAACGACAAUGAGCCAAAGCGAUUUUAAAAAACUCGCCGCGGAGUAUUUCUUACAAAACAACGAAGACAGCGUACCGGAUAUAGUCGUCAACGCCAUACUUGAUAGAUAUCUAGACUGGGGGAACGCGUCUGAUUUGGCCUUGAUGAGUAACCGAGCGUUGCAGAUGCUCACUGACGCCUUCUUCUCCAUACCUGUCGUGUACACCGCCCUCAGCCAUGAGGCCAAUCAAGACAACAAUGGCGGCUCCGCGUAUGUUUACAGGUUCACCCUCCCGACGACCAGCGUUGAUUUCAAGACGAAGUGGAUCUCGUGGUUCGAGGGGACCCAGCACUCGGCCGAGAUCCCGUACCUGUUCGGCACAUUUAAAAGCACAGCCGCCGACGUGGCCAUAGCCAGGACAAUGAUGACGUACUGGUCCAACUUCGUCAAAACAGGAAACCCCAAUCUGGCAAAUCUCAACAGCUCUGCCUCAACUACGAGUACCUGGCCAGAGUUCACGAGCGCCGGCCAAUCAUACAUGGAGAUACCAUACGGCACCAAACCCAGCAGCUUCCCGGCAGCAAAGGAGAAACAUUUUUGGUACAGCUUCAUCCCACAGCUCAAGGACAGCUUCAACAGCUUCACCACAGCCACGCCAACAUUCUGUAUAACUACAACAACUGAUACGGCGGGAACUACAAUUGAUAUGGCCGGGCUGGACACGGGGGGAGCGGUACAACCAGCCAAAUACGUACUGGCCCUAAGCUUGGCGCUUGUAUGGGUUAGGAAUGUAUUGUAAAUGUUGUCAUUAUCACAGUGUCUUCCAACACAAAUUCUACUCAGAAACCAGCCGUGUAAGUGUAAUUAGCAAGG